AUGCGGAAUUCGCGGGCCAUUGGGGUUCUGUGGGCUAUAUUCACCAUAUGUUUGGCCAUUAUUAACGUAGUGGUGUUCAUUCUGCCCUACUGGAUUGGGGACAGCGUGAACACCCCACACGCAGGCUAUUUCGGCUUGUUCCACUACUGCGUGGGCACUGGGAACUCCAACCGGGAGCUCACUUGCCAAGGAACCUUCGCCGAAUUCAGCGGCAUCCCCUCGAGCGCGUUCAAAGCUGCCACCUUCCUCGUGUUGCUGUCCAUGGUGCUCAUCUUGGGUUGUAUUGCCUGCUUCACCCUUUUCUUAUUCUGCAACACUGCCACUGUCUACAAGACGUGCGCCUGGAUGCAGCUGCUAUGCGCUGUGUGUUUGCUCCUGGGCUGUAUGAUCUUCCCGGAUGGCUGGGAUGCGGAGGUGGUACGAGACAUGUGUGGCGAGGAGACAGGGAAGUACACGCUGGGAAACUGCUCGGUGCGCUGGGCCUACAUGCUGGCCAUCGUUGGCAUCAUGGACGCCCUCAUCCUCUCCUUCCUGGCCUUCGUUUUGGGCAACCGGCAGAAUGACUUCCAGCUGGAGGAGCAGCUCAAAGCAGAACAGAAAGACCUCCUAGUGGUUCUCACCGUGGGAGGCCAGAAUUUGGACAGUAUUCCGACGGAGCGGCAAAACCUAUUUGAGCCAUCCAAGAGGAAUCGUCUCAUUCAACAACCCUUGGGGAUAAACAAUUGGUUUAACCUGCGAUAG